AUGAGAUCCGAUUUCCUCCGAUAUCUUCUGCUUGAAGCCGAAGGUGUCGUCUACACUGAGACCGAUACUAUAGCCCUCAAACCCAUCGACUCAUGGACUCCAUCCCAUCUGCGAGACAACACCCGCCUGGUCAUAGGCACCGAGAAUGACCAGCGUGAUGGUAGGCGAUGGGAAGACUUACCUCAUCCGUUGCAGUUUGCCCAGUGGACGAUUGCCUCAGCACCUAGACAUCCUGUGCUUCAGAAAAUGGCAGAUCGCGUAGUUAUGUCCGUGAAGGAUCCGGUGCGCCGGUAUGGGGUUCGGGAGAUCGAGCUCAGGCCCACGAGCUUCGAGUUUCUGAACUCCACCGGUCCUGCAGCAUGA